UCAUGAAUAUUUAUGACCUUGGCUGAGUCAAAGCUUUGAAGCGAGUUUGGGGAGCUCGGCAGCAUCAUGCUUAGACUUUUCAAAGAGACAAACUCCAUUUUCUUAUGAAUGGAAAGUGAAAACCCCUGUUCCGCUUAAAUUGGGUUCCUUCCUGUCCUGAGAAACACAGAGGCCCCCAAAAGGGAAGCAGAGGAGAGAGACCCACACCCAGACCCCGCGAGAAGAGAUGACCAUGACCACCAUGCCAGAAAGUCUCAACAGCCCGGUAUCGGGCAAGGCGGUGUUUAUGGAGUUUGGGCCGCCCAACCAGCAAAUGUCUCCUUCUCCCAUGUCCCAUGGGCACUACUCCAUGCACUGUUUACACUCGGCGGGCCAUUCGCAGCCCGACGGCGCUUACAGCUCGGCCUCGUCCUUCUCCAGACCGCUGGGCUACCCCUACGUCAACUCGGUCAGCAGCCACGCGUCCAGCCCCUACAUCAGUUCGGUGCAGUCCUACCCCGGUAGCGCCAGUCUCGCCCAAAGCCGCCUGGAGGAUCCAGGGGCUGACUCUGAGAAGAGCACGGUGGUGGAAGGUGGUGAAGUGCGCUUCAAUGGCAAGGGGAAAAAGAUUCGGAAGCCCAGGACAAUCUAUUCCAGUUUGCAGUUGCAGGCUUUGAACCGGAGGUUCCAGCAAACUCAGUAUUUAGCUCUGCCCGAAAGGGCAGAGCUUGCGGCCUCCUUGGGACUCACGCAGACGCAGGUCAAGAUUUGGUUCCAGAACAAGCGCUCCAAGUUCAAGAAGCUGAUGAAGCAGGGCGGGGCCGCUCUGGAGGGGAACGCGCUGGCCAACGGCCGGGCACUGUCUGCGGGCUCACCACCAGUACCUCCUGGCUGGAACCCCAACUCUUCGUCUGGUAAGGGCUCCGGCAGCAGCACCGGCUCUUACAUCCCCAGCUAUACUUCGUGGUACCCCUCGACACACCAAGAAGCUAUGCAGCAACCCCAACUCAUGUGAGGUUGCCAGCCUGCACCCUCCCACCUCCUUCCUGUCUACCCUGGUCUGGACCCCUGCUGCCUUCAGGUCUAGCUCACCCGGUCUUCGGUCUUCGCCCUGAGAGGGAGGAGGAGAAGGGCCCAGGGAGAAAGAAACAGAAGUGAAGGCUGGGCGCCCACCAUCUCCUCCUUAGAGUCCUAAGCGACCUGGACCAGUGACUUCCCUGGUGGCCAGGCCCUCACGGGAAGCCCGACCUGGACUGGAGGGGACAUGCAGUGGCCCGGGAUGCAGGCACAGCAAGGGAAACCCCCCUGCUCCUGACCUGCUGCCCUUCAACUGUUUGGGACUAUCAGGAAAAUAAAAAACAAAACAAAAAAAAA